CCAAACGUAACACCUAUAGAUAUUUCUUUAUUAAAAUUGACCUCUUCAAAUCUUUUGAGAUAUUUUCCACAUAAACCCAUGCGUUCUACCAAUUUUGGUUGCUUUUCCUUGAACAGCAUUCGUCAUUGAGUCUUCACGAAAAGCUUACAAAUCGGAACAUAUCGCAGUUUCGCGUUGAGAUGUUUCAUAGCAGUGUAAGCUUUUUCUAUUUCAAAAAAAUGGAAUAAAUAAAAGAACUCUGUGCAACCGCUGAAAAGAGUAACCUUCAUUAAAGGUCGCUGUAAUUUAGUUCGCUUGCAUCAUUAAGUUUAUUGCCAUUAACGAUCGACAGGAAACGCAGUUAAGAGGACUAACUUGAUUGUAGUCUUCUAGUCCCCAACCCACGUUGUCGUAAAAAAUCUCAAGUAGAACGGGAUUCAGGACAAAAUCAGAAAGUUGAUAAUUAUAAGAUUAGAUGGCAUCAUUUCCUGAAAAACCCUUUCAUGACUAUCGUAACAAUGUCUUGUAGUUCUUCACCCUUUUCUUUGGUUUGUUUCAGUGUACUCCGGUAAACACUGACUUUCCUGAGGGUCGGUAUUCGAAGAGCCAACUGUUUCUUGAACGGUUAAACGCUCAUCAGUUAACUCCUCUGCUUUCCUUUCUUUCCCUUUCCUUUCUUUCCCUUUCUUUUCUUUCCCUUUCUUUUCUUGGUAAUUUUUGUAUCUGCUCAAUAUGGGAAAUAGUAAGAAGAAAAGUUAUAAGCCAUAUGGUAUAACUCAGAAAAUUGAAAUAUGAGACCAGCUUUUGCUUUCCAUGAUAUUUUACCGUUAAUACCAGAAUUGUAUUUAUAACGCAUAUGAAAGCGAGACAGCAAACAUGUAUAAAAACUCUAUGGAGAUCUUUUACUAAGUCUUGACUGAUUUUCUCGUAAGAAUCAUCUUCUGAUCGAUGAUUGUAUAUAAUCGGUGGUUCAAACAUGUUGCAUCCACUGUUUUGAUAAGAAUUGUUCUUAAAUGAGUAUUCAAUGUGAUGUUGGAAUAGGUAAGAAACGGAUUGGGGGUUCAAUUCUCAAUGCAGCCACUUCCAGUUCAAGUAAGCACUGCCAAUUCUUAAAACCUCAAAAAUGAGUCAAUCUGAACAGACUUUUGAGGAAACUGUUCCUUUAUCAUUCGGUAUUCCUCAUAAUCAUGAAGAGAAAUAUAGCAAACGUCUUUGGGAACGUCUAGAAAACAAAUAUGCGACUCUGGCCAAUUUAAUUGUGGUUUCUCUUGGGAUCUUUAGUUUCCUUUUUUAUAUUGUAUAUUUAGUUUAUUUUUGUUUUUUAUUUUUUUCUGAACCAAUGGAUGAUACAACGGCAUAUUAUGGAAUAAUAGCUUCUUGCUCAGUACUUGGUCUUAUCUGCUUGAUCUUUUUUUCCAUUUACUUUCAGCCCAUUGUUAUUGACAUUGAUGAGAAUUCAAUUCCUAUGGAAGAUUUGUCAAGGAAUAACGGUCCGAAGAAAAACUAGCUUUAUGAACAUCUCAACUAUGGUUCCAAUCAGAAACCUUUUUCUUCUAAAGAAUUAGAGAUAUUUAAAAGAUGCUUGCUUGAGUUUUCUUCAAGGACUUGAAGAGAUUGCUGUAAUGAUUGGAACGUUUACAAGAGAUUUUAUGGAAAAUGAGGCAAUUUUAUCUGAAAGGUGUUAUUCCUACUGAAUUCUAACGUUUAUGAAAAUACUUGGAGCCUUUUGUUCAAUACAAAUAAGAAAGAAGCGAUCACUACCAUUGAGAAUGGACAUUUGAACAAGACUCAUCUUUACGAAAUCAACAAGUAUGAUUUAAUUUACAUUUGGCUUUUCUUAUAAAAUCUAGCAUGUUUGGAUGGUUGAAUUUACGAGAGUAAAGAAAGAUAAAUUUGACGGAAGUAAAUAACGUAUUAAGAUACAAGUCUUGGUUAAACCUCAUUACUUUAGCCUGGAGUUGUUUCUUUUGUUAUUACAUCUAUUAGAGAAGAUUGGCAAAUAACCGCCUUCUGCAGGAAGCCGAUAACUAUUGUGAAUGUUCAGCUUUACUUUUAAUCAGAAAUGGUUGAGUAUUUUUUGAACCAAAUAACCCAAAUGCACUUUCAGCAUUUAACUUAUAAACUUAUUACGAGAUAAAGAUUCGCAGCGAUUAUUAUCUUAUUAAUCCUGUUUCUUGCUCGUCUUUUGGAUGCCAAAAGAACCAGCUAGGUCAAAGCGAUAACUCCCAGUGCAUUCCGUUUCGCUUGAACCAAUUCUCCUUUUUAUACAUAUUCGAAUUACCUUUAUCUCUUUGGCUUUUGCUAUUUUCAUGGUUUGGCUUUAUGUUUGAAUGGAUAGUUUCUAUAGUGGUCUUUACAUGUAGAUUACUUUAUUUAAAUGGAUUAAUCAAUGAAGAGUAAUAUAACUUAAUUAGAAAGGGGCGAUCAGACCAGACACUACACGUACUACCUG